AUGGGCAAAUUGCUGAGUCUUCUCUCCAGAGAUGACUCAAAUUGUUGUUCCCCACAAAAAUAUGACGUUUUUUUGGAUUUUGAAAAUGCACAGCCUACGGAGGGAGAAGAGGAAACUUUUCAAGAAGUGAAUAAAGUUUUACAGAAUUCACAUCAAAUAUUAGAUGAAUUACAAUGUUAUAAAGGUGCUGGAAAAGAAAUAAGAGAAGCGAUAGCCAAUCCUCAUGAUGAAACUCAAAGUAAAGCCUGGUCAGCAGUAGUUCCGUUAGUGUCGAAAUUAAAAACCUUUUAUCAAUUUUCUACUCAAUUAGACCAUGUUGUGCCAAAAAUACUGUAUGAACUGUGUUCUGGAGAAAUGCCUCCGACUCAACAUCUAGAAACUCAACAAGCACUAGUCAAGCAAUUAGCAGAAAUAUUAGAAUUUGUAUUGAAAUUUGACGAACUCAAAAUGAAAACUCCUGCAAUUCAAAAUGAUUUCAGUUAUUACAGGAGAACAUUGUCGAGACAGAGAAUGUCCGUCACAAAUGAUGGGUAUCAAUUUGAAGAUUCGAAAGAAAUAACAAACGAACUGGCAUAUAGGAUGUCGUUAUUUUAUGCUCAUGCAACUCCAAUGCUCAAAGUCUUAAGCGAAGCAACAACCAAAUUCGUUUUAGAACAUUCUGAAAUCCCUAAGGAAAACAUAACAGAAACUUUAAGCACUAUGGCAAAAGUUUGUUUGAGAAUGUUGGAAAAUCCUAAUUUGAUAGCCCAAUUUCAAAGGGAAGAAACUCAAUUGUUUGUAUUAAGGGUCAUGGUGGGUUUGGUCAUUUUAUACGAUCACGUACAUCCUCACGGAGCUUUCGUUAAAGCAUCAAACGUCGAUGUGAAAGGCUGUGUUAAAUUACUAAAAGAUCAACCGCCAUCGAGAUCCGAAGGACUUUUAAACGCUUUAAGGUAUACCACAAAACACUUGAACGAAGAUGCGACACCUAAAAAUAUAAAAAAUUUAUUGGCCGCGUGA